CUAAAUUGACACGAAAUUCGAGCGAAAUUCGGGGGAAAUGGGAACCCCGGGUCACUUUGUCCCCGGGCAACGCCACCACUGGUCAUGGCGGUUGCAUCAGCAGGUUGGGGCGGGGCCCAAACGGGGCGCUGCUUCGCCUGCUGGUGGACAAGUACGCGCACAUGGCGGUGUACGUGGACGAGUUCGACACAUCACAGGGACGUGACGUCAACUCCGCAACCAACAUCCGGCACGCGCUGGUGGAGAUGCUGCUGGGGCUCAAGCGACCUGCAUCGCUGCAGCCUGGCGGCGGCGGCGGCAGCGGCAGCGGCAGCGGCGGCGGCGGCAGCGGCGGCGGCGGCGGCAGCGGCAGCGGCGGCGGUGGCAGCGGCGGCGACGGCGGCGGCGGCGGCGGCGGCAGCAGCAGCAGCGGGGGCGUGUGCGCGCAUCUUGGUAGCGGAGGGGGCGGGAAAGGCCAGGAGGAGCUUGAGGAGGAGAGCGCAGGGCCGCCCAAGAAGCGGCGCAAGCGCGCAGGCUGAGGAGCCGGCUGGUGUCUAGGUAGCGGUCCGCGGUGGGGCUGGCAGGGCAUGACACGUAGUGUGGCUGUUGACACUUGUGCUGCAGUCCUGGCUGGCUCCGCUCUGGUGGUGUGACUGCUGGGCACCUGGUUGGCUUGCCCCUUCCCCCGAAGGGGGAGGGGCAAUAGCCAUUGCGGUCGCAUCGAGUUCCCGCAGCGGGGCCCUCCCGGUUAUUCCAGUCGCCGUAGCUCCUCGAAGCGUAGCGUAGAGCAGAGCGGAGGACUACACCACUGGACAGACACACCCCCUAGGGCACCCCUCGGGCGGCCGGGCGGCGAGACUCUGUCGCGCGGGCGAGACUCUGUCGCGGCGAGACUUUCUGCAGCUUUUCACUCACACGCGGGUUUCGCGCACGCCCUCGGCGCAGAGCGAUAAAAUACUGUAAAAACGGGCGCAA